GAGUGGACACCAUGGAUUCCUUCAAGGUGGUGCUGGAUGGGCCAGCACCUUGGGGCUUCCGGCUGCAGGGGGGCAAGGACUUCAACGUGCCCCUCUCCAUCUCCCGGCUCACUCCUGGAGGCAAAGCUGCGCAGGCUGGCGUGGCGGUGGGUGACUGGGUGCUGAGCAUCGACGGUGAGAAUGCCGGGGGCCUCACGCACAUUGAAGCCCAGAACAAGAUCCGUGCCUGCGGGGAGCGCCUCAGCCUGGGUCUCAGCAGGGCCCAGCCGGCUCAGAGCAAACCGCAGAAGCCCCUGGCCAGAUGUGUGGGGGCGGGGCUGGAGCGCCACUGUCCUCUCGGCGCCAGGGGGGCGCCCCACUCCCGCCCAGGCCCCUGCCCUCCCUGCCCGGCUCUGUGGCUCUGUCUCUGCCCAGGCCCUGGCCCCCGCCGCGGACCCCCCGCGGUACACCUUUGCACCCAGCGCCUCCCUCAACAAGACGGCCCGGCCCUUUGGGGCGCCCCUGCUGGCUGACGGCGCCCCGCAACAGAAUGGACAGCCGCUCCGACCGCUGGUCCCAGAUGCCAGCAAGCAGCGGCUGAUGGAGGACACAGAGGACUGGCGGCCGCGUCCCGGGACAGGCCAGUCCCGUUCCUUCCGCAUCCUCGCCCACCUCACGGGCACCGAGUUCAUGCAAGACCCGGAUGAGGAGCACCUGAAGAAAUCAAGCCAGGUGCCCAGGACAGAAGCCCCAACCCCAGCCUCAGCUACACCCCAGGAACCCUGGCCUGGCCCUACCACCCCCAGCCCCACCAGCCGCCCACCCUGGGCUGUGGACCCUGCAUUUGCCGAGCGCUAUGCCCCGGACAAGACGAGCACGGUGCUGACCCGGCACAGCCAGCCAGCCACCCCCACGCCUCUGCAGAACCGCACCUCCAUCGUGCAGGCAGCUGCUGGAGGGGGCACAGGAGGGGGCAGUGGCAACAAUGGCAAGACUCCUGUGUGCCACCAGUGCCACAAGGUCAUCCGGGGCCGCUACCUGGUGGCGCUGGGCCACACAUACCACCCCGAGGAGUUUGUGUGCAGCCAGUGUGGGAAGGUCCUGGAAGAGGGCGGCUUCUUUGAGGAAAAGGGUGCCAUCUUCUGCCCGCCCUGCUACGACGUGCGCUAUGCGCCCAGCUGUGCCAAGUGCAAGAAGAAGAUCACAGGCGAGAUCAUGCAUGCCCUGAAGAUGACCUGGCACGUGCAUUGCUUCACCUGCGCAGCCUGCAAGACGCCCAUUCGUAACCGGGCCUUCUACAUGGAGGAAGGGGCACCCUACUGCGAGCGAGACUAUGAAAAGAUGUUUGGCACAAAAUGCCGUGGCUGUGACUUCAAGAUUGACGCCGGGGACCGCUUCCUGGAGGCACUGGGCUUCAGCUGGCACGACACGUGCUUCGUGUGUGCAAUAUGUCAGAUCAACCUGGAAGGAAAGACUUUCUACUCCAAGAAGGACAAGCCCCUUUGCAAGAGCCAUGCCUUCUCCCACGUGUGAGCCCUGCCCAUCCACUGCUGCCUUGCCCAGCCCAGCCAGAGAAGUCACUGGUUCUGGAGUCAUCACCCCAAGAUUUCUGAGGAGGGCAGACAAAGGUUGCCCCAACCCUGACUCCUGGCCCGAGCCUGGGGUUCCCUGGGCCCUGCCCCACCCCCUUCAUCUACCCCCCACUUCCUCCACCACCCUCACACACCGGUGCUGGCCACACCAGCCCCUGUUCACGCCCAGUGCCACAAUAAACCUGUAUCCAGCU